GCACGCUGCUUGGCGCCGCAGGCUGAUCCCGCCGCGUCCUCGGGAGCUGUGAUGUUGGGCAACUCUGCGGCCCGCGCGGCGGGCUCGGCGCCGCACACUUCGCAGCAGACGGCACCCCACGAGGACCAGGAGAACAUCAACCCCGAGAAGGUGUCUCCCGCCCAGCAGCCCCGGACCCGGGCCAGGCUGGCGGUACUGAAGGCCGGGAACCAGCGAGGUCCAGCGCCGCCGCCGAGGCCCAAGACGCGACGGGUUGCACCCCUUAAGGAUCUUCCUGUAAACGAUGAGCAUGUCAUUGUUCCUCCCUGGAAAGCAAACAAUAAACAGCCUGCAUUUACCAUUCAUGUGGAUGAAGCAGAAGAAGAGUCUCAGAAGAGCCCAGGUGAAUCUAAAGAAACAGAAUGUGAAGAUGUCCUGGCAUUUAAUUCAGCUAUUACUUUACCUGAACCAAGAAAACCACUGGUGCCUAUUGAUUGUCCAAUGGAUGGUAGUUUUGAGUCACCACACACUAUGGACAUGUCAGUUGUGUUGGAAGAUGAAAAGCCAGUGAGUGUUAAUGAAGUGCCAGACUACCAUGAGGACAUUCACACGUACCUUAGGGAAAUGGAGAUUAAAUGUAAGCCUAAAGUGGGUUACAUGAAGAAACAGCCAGACAUCACCAACAGCAUGCGGGCCAUCCUCGUGGACUGGUUAGUUGAAGUAGGAGAAGAGUAUAAACUCCAGAAUGAGACCCUGUACCUGGCCGUGAACUACAUCGACAGGUUCCUUUCCUCCAUGUCCGUAUUGAGAGGAAAACUCCAGCUUGUGGGCACCGCUGCUAUGCUCUUAGCCUCAAAGUUUGAAGAAAUAUACCCCCCAGAAGUAGCAGAGUUUGUGUACAUUACAGAUGAUACCUAUACCAAGAAACAAGUUCUAAGAAUGGAGCACCUCGUUCUCAAAGUCCUUGCUUUUGACUUGGCUGCGCCAACAGUAAAUCAGUUUCUCACCCAAUACUUUCUGCACCAGCAGCCUGCAAACUGCAAAGUUGAAAGUUUAGCAAUGUUUUUGGGAGAGUUAAGCUUGAUAGAUGCUGACCCAUACCUUAAGUACUUGCCGUCGGUCAUUGCCGGAGCGGCCUUUCAUCUAGCACUCUACACAGUCACGGGACAGAGCUGGCCUGAGUCCUUGGUACAGAAGACUGGCUAUACCCUGGAGAGUCUGAAGCCUUGCCUCCUGGACCUUCACCAGACCUACCUCAGAGCGCCGCAGCACGCACAGCAGUCCAUCAGAGAGAAGUACAAACACUCCAAGUAUCACGGUGUUUCUCUCCUCAUCCCACCGGAGACACUACAUGUGUAACAGCGAAAGACUGACUUUGUUUUCUGAGUUAAAUCAAAGUCUAUGGUGUACAGUUUUUAUCUUAGGUUUUAACUUUACAAUCAUUUCUGAAUACAAAAGUUAUGGUCAACUACAAAUUAUGGUCUCUAUUCCUUUUUAAAUGGUUUUAAUUUGUAUAUCUUUUGUACAUGUAACUAUCUUAGAUUGUGGCUGAUUGUAAGUGGUUUUGUUAAAGUAUUAAGGAUGCCAGCUGUCAGGAGAGUAAGAAUUAAUAAAUUGAUUUGGAAAACUUGGUUUGUAAGUCAAAUAAUUUGACUUCAGGGUUUCAGUCAGAAAAAUUAAUUUCUCCUAUGGAAGGCUUCUAAAAUUUAAAAACUUGAACUAUUUUAUAGUUUCAGGAAAACAGACAAUAGUUCUGACCCUCAUUUUCCCGAGCGUCUGGACUGUUUGCUGGCGCACAUGACCUAAGCAUGUCUGGGGUAAAUCUGCUUAUUUACCAGCCAUGAUGAUCCUCUGUGCACCCUAAGAAAAUGCUCCUCCAUUCCUUGUAGACUUUGACACUUGGCUGAAGUGAAAAUUAUUUAAAACCUUGUUAAGUUUUCCAGAGGGUUUAUUAAGAGCAUAAUGUAAAAACUAAAGAAAUGACUAGAUUUUUAAAUGGAUUUGUGAAUAAAAAAUUCCCAAGGUUGCUAGCACUUAAAUAAAUAUCCUUUUAAUAGUUAUAUACACAAAGACAACCACGUGAGCUUUAAUUGGCAGUUUUCUUCUUUCUUCUCUUUUUCACUAGCUUUUUACUUGGUGCUUUGUCUUGUUUUGCACUGACAGUCUGUAUUCUGUGAAUAAAGUAAAUUAACAGUUUACUAACA